AACCCAAGAUGAACUUGACAGAUUGUGUUCUGUGUCCGCGCUGAGCAAGAAAGGCCUGGCUCUAGUUUCAAAAUGGCUGCAUUUGGUGGAAAAUUUUUGAGGACAAAAACAUUUCAAAAACAAAAGGUUUGUGUACAUUUGUACUGUAUUAUAUCACUGCAAUAGAUGCUUUAAUAACUAAACUACGUAUUACUUAUCUGUAGGAUUUGUUGAAGGUCUUAAGCAAGAGAAAUUUACAUGCAUCCAAACCUGUUUCUGCAACUGUGAGUUUUUAAAGUGUCUUGCGUAAUAACGCCUGUUGUAUGUAUGUAUGCACGUUUAUAUAUUGUCCUUUAGUAAAUUAGUGUAGUAAAUUAAAUAAAGUGAUAAUGAACUUCAUAUAUAGUGUAUUUUAUAUAUUUUACAUCUGGGAACUGUCAUACAUAUGUCUGAUAUAUGGAGGAAUCUUAAACUGAUUGUCAACUGGCUGUGAUUUGAAGUCAUGAUCAAACAUAAACACAACUAAUUGCAAGUCUUAUCUUGGGAUUGCUUGAUGCUUGCUUGGCUACUAGCUUGCAACGAUUUGCAUUUGUUGACAAUUUAAGCAUGUCCACAUUUUUCAAAAUGGUGCCAUGACACUGCCAUCUCUUCAAAAUGUUCUCUCUUUCAUUCCAGCUAACAGUCCGAGAUGCCAUCAAUGCUGCCAUUGAUGAGGAAAUACAGCGAGAUGACAGAGUAUUUUUAAUGGGGGAAGAAGUUGCCAGAUAUGAUGGGGCCUAUAAGGUCUAGAGAUUAUUAUAUUCUAUCAAAACAUUAUUUAACUACCAGGGUAAAGUGUUUAAUAACAUCUGAUGUAAAAUUAAUGUUUCAGAUUUCUCGUGGUUUGUCAAAGAAACAUGGAGAAAAUAGGGUCAUAGACACUCCAAUCAGUGAGGUAAUAAGUUAGGUAGAUUUGCCAUGAUUUUAAGUGCAAUUUACUUCCUCAUGAGUGGAUGAGUUAUGAAUGUUGAGAUAAGGGUACGUACACUCAGAACAUUUGUUAACUCAUCUACUCGGAAGAAGAGCAUCGCACUAAAAGUCACAGCAAAAAUUGCAAGUGUAAAUGCAACCUCUGUCGCAGACCCUGGGUACGAGGAUGGUGUAAAUGGGCCUUUUUCAACUAACUUUUUUCUACAAACUCUUCAAAAUAUCUAAAUGCUGAAUAUUUUAGAUGGGAUUUGCUGGUAUUGCUGUUGGAGCAGCUAUGGUAUGCAACCAAAUUUAAUCAGUUUCAAUAACAUUGCAUUGCAGAAUAGAAAUCUACAUUAAUAAUUCAAAAGCCCACUGUCACAUUAAUAUGUAUGUUGCUGCAUUUCCUAGGCUGGUCUGAGACCAAUUUGUGAAUUUAUGACAUUCAACUUUGCAAUGCAAGCUAUUGAUCAGGUAUAUAUUCCAACUUUUGCUUUCCUGUCAAGUAUUUCACAUUUUAAUUCAUUUUUCAUUUAUUUCAGGUUAUCAAUUCUGCUGCAAAGACAUACUAUAUGUCUGCUGGAGAGGUAGGAAAUUAACUCGUUAUAUUAUCAAAAUGUUGAGAAACUGUAAUACCUGAGUAUCCUAUUGCUCUUAUCAUUCACUUCUAGGUUCCAGUCCCAAUAGUUUUCCGUGGGCCAAAUGGUGCAGCAGCGGGCGUGGCAGCUCAACAUUCCCAAGAUUACGCCGCAUGGUAUGGUAACUGUCCAGGUUUAAAGGUCAGUAUGAUACUUCAUGUUCCCAAUUCUACCAUUUACUGAAGAAAUAUUCAAUGUAUCAAAAAGUCUUCUUGCCACACCAGGUCGUAUCACCGUAUUCUGCUGAGGAUGCCAAAGGUUUGCUCAAGGCUGCUGUCAGGGACCCUGAUCCAGGUACAUGCUGAAAAAAUGCUUUCUUUGUCACAUCAAAUAUCUUCAAACUGCAAGUUUUAAAGAGAGAUGCAGUAGUCUUCCAACAACAUAAAGUUGAGUAGAAGCAAGGAGUCACUUGUGUUUUGAGUACAGCACUCAUAAGCAUAUGGUGCAGAUCCUUUCCGGGGGGGGGGGGGGGGGGUUUGCACAUGGUUCUCUAAAUUGGGGAGGGAGUUGCCUCACCCAUCACCCUAUAUUGUACAUCCAUGCCAGCACUAAUUUAGUAUCUUACUCCAGAACUGUACUAUUAUAGUUCCAAAGGAGGUUCCAAAUUCUCUCAUUUUUGUCUCCCUACAGUUGUUGUGUUAGAAAAUGAGCUUCUUUAUGGAUUAAGUUUUGAAGUGCCAGAUGAAGUGAUGAAAGAUGAUUUUGUUUUGCCCAUUGGAAAAGCGAAAGUCGAACGUGAAGGUAAAAAUUAUUGAAAUUAAUAAAAUACCUUGUCCUUGUAUUUUGAAAUGUGUGAUCUCUUGCGCUCUUUUGCUCCAGUACAUUUGUCCCUGGAAAGAUAAUCUACACAGUACCCGAUGGCUUUCCGUAGCGACGUGGUAAAACACCUAUCUGGAGAGAUGUUGUUUCGCAUUUCAACUUCUGAAAGUUGUACACUCCUUAUCAGAUAUAGGUGCCUUUUCGCGCCGCUCCAGAAAGCUAUCCCGUAUAGUGUGAACAUAUAGCAUGAGUUACUCUCCAAAGCGAAACGUGAUUUACCACUCUCUCUUGCUUCGUACAAAAUGUUCUGGAACUACAUUUAGGUCUCAUUACCGUGUUUUGUUCUAGGUACUGAUAUAACUCUAGUAGCACACUCACGUUUCGUGGGACUGUGUUUGGAAGCAGCUGAGGAGCUGCAGAGUACCCAUAGUGUUAGUUGCGAGGUGAGCUCAUCUACGACCAGGGUGUCCACGGACCUUGAAAAUCCUGGAAAGUCCUUGAAUUGGAAAAAAAUUCCAGGACUGGAAAGUCCUUGAAAAUCAAUAGAAGUCCUUGAAAGUCCUGGAAUUAAUUUCCUUAACCUCCAGCUGUGCCAACAUUAGUGAUUUUGAUUAAAAUUACUGAAUAAGGUGAAUUAUUUACGGUAAAUCCGUGCCAUUUUCAAAGAUUUUCCCAGUUCUAGAUCUUUGAAUUCACUGAAAAAGGGCCUUGAAAGUCCUGGAAAAGUCCUUGAAUUUCACCUUCACCAAAAGGUGGACACCCUGUACGACUUUUUCCACACUGACAUUUGUUAUAUUUAUUAAUACCUGUAACUAGAAGAAAAUCAAUCGUUUCACUCGCGUUCCAUAAUCAAUUCUGUGUUUGCCAGGUGAUCAAUCUUCGCAGUAUCCGUCCUCUUGACCGAGAUACGCUGGUGAACUCUGUGAAGAAAACCAAUCAUUUGAUCUCCGUCGAGGGAGGAUGGCCCUUCUUUGGAGUCGGAUCAGAAAUAUGUGCCGUGAUGAUGGAAAGUAAGGGAAACAAGUUAAACUACAUCGCCCAAUUUUAUUCAUUUGCCUCCAAAUACAAGACAACAACUUAUAAUGAAAAUAGUUAACAUCAUUUUCUCACCCUGCUGCACGAUAGUGCUUAGUAAAACCCACCUUUAAGCCAGUUUACACAAUCAAAGUUUCUGUGAUCACAGUAGGAAUUCUAGGAUUUUGAAGGAUUUCUAAGAAAUGUUUCAAUGGAUUUCUAACACUGAGUCAAUUUUCUUACAAAUCCUUCAAAAUAUAAAACUAUACCAAUGCAAAAUUCCUACUGUUAUCACAGAAACUUUGAUAGUGUAAACCAGCUUUUAUAGUCUGAAGUUUUUUCCAACGAUGAGUCGAUGUUGCUGUGUUUUUCUAGGUGAAGGAUUUGACUACCUAGACGCUCCAGUAUCACGAGUCACGGGAGCUGAUGUGCCGAUGCCUUAUGCUCAGACAUUAGAAAAAUUUGCCUUGCCACAGAUACAUAAUAUUGUCAAUACCGUCAAGAAAACUUUAAAUAUUCAGCAAUAACUAAUAAGUAACAACUAAUAACUUAGAAGUAAGAACAAUAAUUUGUAACUAGACGAAAGUUUUUAAUGGAACAUUAAUGAUUGCUGCUGAAAGUUCCCCAGAAAAAGCAAUGGUAACGAUUUAGGUUUUCCAAGUUUUCAAAUGGUUUAGCACCUGACAACAACUGUUACCAAAGAUCCCAUGUUUAAGACCACGAACCAUGUUAAGUGAAUACUCGCAUCAGUCGCAUGACAUCUUCUAAAUGACUUAACUUAAAUGAACUUUUAUAUGUAUAUCUGAUCUGUGAGCUUUUCUCAAAGAAAAAAAGAGAGAAUACUUAGUAUAUCUGUAACUUCAUAGUAAUAUCUAAACUCCUGGAAAUUAUAGAAAGUGUUAUUUUGCUUGAUUUGUAUGAAUUACGUAAUAUUACAAUAAUAUUACAAUAAAAAUUACCCUAAACCUAUUAUUAUUACCUAUUAUUAUUAAUCACGUAAUAUUAUAAUAGAAUACAAAUUUAUGAACUCGUCCCAAAAGGGACUGCCCUGACAUUCAGUGCGCUGCUCUAAUAUUUUAAAAUUGUUUCUCUGUAUUCAAAUGUUCUCUGUGAACUCUUAUCAAAGAACUUUCGAUUGUGCCUCAACGCUAGUAAUGUCCGAUACAUGUCUCCGUGCAUUUUGUGGUAAGUUCGUUAACACGUUACUCGAUCCCGUGAGCUCGGACUUCGAGUUAACACGCAAGGUUUUCGAGUCAAUGUCCCCAUCAUCCAUCUUCGAAGUAAUAGUUUCUUGUAUGUCACCGAUGACGUCACUUCUGACGUCAUUCUUGACCGUAUCUCUGACGUCACUUAUGACGUCAUCCUCGACACUGUCUCUGACGUCACAUAUAACGUCUUCCUUGACACUAUCUCUGACAUCACUGAUGACGUCAUCCUUUUCUUCAUUGGUGUGAUCAAAUGGGUUUCUACCUGAUGGUAGUUCACUGGUUAGUUUUGCCCACCUUGAUGGUGGCCAGAUGAUUCUCGUGGCAACACCAUUCACUAAACCCAGUGGUACCUAAAGUAAAUGACCUUUAUGUGAUGUGUUCUUGCUCACUGAUCUAUCAAUCUAGAGUGAUGUGUUCUUGUUCACUGAUCUAUCAAUCUAGAGUGAUGUGUUCUUGCUCACUGAUCUAUCAAUCUAGAGUGAUGUGUUCUUGCUCACUGAGCUAUCAAUCUAGAGUGAUGUGUUCUUG